AUGGCUACGAGGUACAGCUGCAUUCUCUGUGGCUUUGGCAUCGAAGAAAGGUCCAGCUCAGGAUUGGAAAAAUGGGCCAGUGAAUAUCGUGCAGUCUAUCGCAACAGUGGAAGUGCCUUCGUCAGUGGAGUUGGCCUGUACGACGGCGGUUAUCCGACAUGGCGCGUACCGACAGACCCUCUUCUUCGAUACGACGAGGUAGCCAAUGAAGAGGGUCUUCUCGAAGUUCCAGUCAUGCAAGCUCCAGCUGUUGGAGAUCUACACGGCUUUCUCUUGCACGAUGCCUGCUGGGACCUGCUCCAACAGAUGCCUGGUGCUGCAGGCCUCUCGCUAGAUCGACUACUGCAUGUAUGCAAGUCUUUACCAUUACCAAUAUGGUUCAAUGGAGUUUGUUGGGGCCACGACUAUGGAGGUCUGCUGAGACUAAUGCCGGACGUCUUCUACCCCUGGCUAGAGAGGUUUGCGGUCUCGGAAGACUAUUCGAGCGAUAUUGGAGCAUCUCACAAUCCUUUUAAUGGCCCAAUUAUUGCAUCCACACUAUCCAGAUUGGAGGGGAGAGUUCCUCCACCUGGGAAGUCUAUCCAGCCACCAAAUGAAGGCGACUGCUUUUCGCGCCUCCCGUGGGAGCUCUGUGAGAUGAUGUUCGUUCUUCUCCCCACAAACGAUGCUUUGACUCUGCGUUUGACGUCCCGGGCAUUUCAUCCCUUUUUCUCAAGCCUUGCCUUUUGGCAGUCGCGAUUCCAUCCUGAUGGUGAGAGAGGGUUUCUGUUUGAAGCCCGGGACAGCGAAAUAUACAACGACAUUGGUGCACUGAUGAACCUGUACUGUCUGACUCGCAAGUCGGUUGCGACGCCGGAACUCUUGAACCGAGAGCGAGUUUGGCAUCUGGCGCAAAGACUGCUUCCACUCAUCAAACCGUCUCUGAUAGGCCACUCAUCGUGCUCACAAGCAAACGACCACAGCUCAAGGGGGUGGAUUUCGCUCCAGAGCCUCGUGCAGAAGGCAGAUUCAUCAUUACAAGGCAGAAUACGAGAUAUACCACGCUAUCCAACCACGACGACGGAGAUUAAUGUUCCACCCGGCGCUAUCAAGAUCGGCAUCGCUGUGAUGAACACGGGUAUUUGGGAUUACAUAACGGGUAUCCGACUAAUUGACGCAGAUGGGGAAUCGCAAUUUGCGGGAUAUCUACUCGAUAAUAGCGAAGAGUUAUCCAAUGUUUCUGCGCUACAUGGACUCAAAGUUGCAAUGGGUCCAUAUGGAGUGAGAGCACUGCAAGUCAUCGGGCCCGAGCAUCAAGCAAGCGGUUGGGCUGGUCGCAUUGACCAAGUACCAAUAUCCGAGCGCCUUGUGGCCAAUAGACAGAUAACGAGUGUGCGAGUUACACUUGACGGAUAUAAGAUCACCGCUCUAGCAAUACAAGUGGAGCAGCCUGACGAUGGAAAAGCAGUUGCACAAGCAGCAUCUUUGAGACACACGGCAAUCUGGUACCCAAGCCCGCCUCCAGAUGACCUAUUGGUCAAUGAAGACUCGUUCACUGGCAUGGAUCCUCUUACUACUGGCUAUCAACCCAUCUCCUGGGUCCAUUUCGGCGGUGAUCGAGGGGACAGACUCCCUUUAGUGCAAGGUAUGCUAUCUUUGCAUGCCUAUGGCUUACACGGUCUGCAAUUCAAAUACGAUGACACUGCGGAUGAGAUGGGUGAUGCCAGGCCGGUGAGACUCGGUCGUCUUGAUGAGAGUGAGCUGCCACUCUUCACUAUUGACGGCGCAGGCGGCGAGCGCAUCUGUUCCCUCUCCGUGGGCCUCGAGCAGGAUACCCAAAACGUCCACGGCCUAGACUUCCUGCGUCACGGAAAGCCCCAGUAUUUUGCUAUCACCACCAAUCGCGGCAGGACAAUGACUUUGGGCGAGAAAAAAGAAGAGUUCGACAUUCGCGACGUUACUAUUGCCCCCGGAACAACCAUCACUGGUCUAUAUGGUCAUUAUAACACGCAAUGGGGCUUUUUGAAUAUCGGCGUAAUUUCAGAACAUCUGUAG